CCAAGGCUGGCCGUCCACUACAUGAUCCACGCCGCGCGUCCUGCGCUCGUGCACGCGACUCGAUCGCUCUUCCGCGUCCGCGCGUCCGCCGCCUCCUCCUCCUCCGCCGCCGCCCGGCUCGCCGCGCCGCGACACGUCGCGUCCUUCGUCGGACGUCGUCGACAGCCUCUCGUCGUCGUCGCGCGUCGAUCGAACGUCGCCAUGGCUUCCGCCGCGACCGCCGCGCCCGCGGACGUCGCGUCGUUCAUCGAGACGUUCAACGCGGACUACGCCAAGGCGCACAAAGCGUACGAAGACAACUUCUGGGAGACGAAGAUGAACCUCGAGGGGAACUCCGUGGACGCGCUCACGUCCUCGUUCAACGCGCUCGAGGCGUUCUUAGGCGACCAAGCCGCGCUCGACGCCGUGCGAGGGUUCCUCGCGCGCGACGAGCGCGAGAUCCCGGAGUCGUCCAGAGUCGUCCUGAGACAGAUCGAGAAGACGCUCAAGUGCUACAUCGUGGAGAGCGCGGACGCGAAGGCGGUCCGCGAGAAGGCGGUCGGUCUAGAGAACAAGAUGAACGGCGCGCGGAACAAGCUCAAGCCGACGUACGUCGAGGCGAACGGCGAGACGACGGAGGCGACGUUCACGGUGCUCCGCACGAAGAUUCGAUCCGCGGCGGAGGAAUCAGUGCGAAAGUCGUGCUGGGAGGCGACGCGCACCACCGGACCGUUUCUCCUCGCGAACGGCUUCCCCGAGAUCAUCGCCGAGCGCAACCGAUUCGCGCGGACGCUGGGGUACGAAGACUUUUACGACAUGAAAGUGACGCAGGCGGAGGGGUUUAACAAGAAGCGAUGCUUCGAGAUGCUCGACGGGCUCGAAGCCGCCACGGCGCCGUUGCUGAAGACGGCGCUCGAGAAGCUCGAGAAGGAGAAGGGCGCGGACGCGCUCAAGCCGUGGAACCUCUCCUACGCGCUCAGCGGCGAGCUGUCGCGCGAUCUCGACCCGUAUUUCCCUUUCGAGAACGCGCCGGAGGUGUGGGGUCGGUCGUUCGCCGCGAUGGGGAUCGCGUACAGAGGCACGAAGAUGCGCCUCGACUUGUGCGACCGCGCGGGGAAGUAUCCGAACGGGUUUUGCCACUGGCCCGUCGCGCCGCAUCGAGGCGCGGACGGGACGUGGCACUCCAGCGAGGCUAACUUCACGAGCCUCGCGACCCCGGACGAGGUCGGCAGCGGGAACACCGCGCUGACGACGCUGAUGCACGAGGGCGGGCACGCCGCGCACUUCGCGAACAUCGAGCAAGGCUCACCGCUCUUCGCGCAAGAGCGCGCGCCGUUCUCCGUGUCUCUCGCGGAGACGCAGAGCAUGUUUCUCGAUUCGCUGUGCGGCGACGCCGCGUGGCUCGGGCGUUACGCGCGCGACCGGUCCGGCGCGCCCGUGCCGUGGGCUCUGCUCGAGCGCUCCAUCAAGGAGAAGCACCCGUACGAAGUCUUCGCGCUGCGAGGGAUGAUCGCGGUGCCGUAUUUCGAAAAGGCGCUGUACGAGAUGCCGGAGGAAGACCUCACGGCGGAGAACAUCGCGAGAGUGGCGGACGAGAUCGAGCACAAGAUCCAGGGCGGCCUCGCCGCGCGGCCGCUGCUCUCAGUGCCGCACAUCACGAGCGACGAGAGCUCGUGUUAUUACCACGGCUACGUCUUCGCAGAGAUGGCGGUGCAUCAGACGCGCGCGCACUUUCUGAAAAAGUACGACGGCGUCAUUGUGGACAACCCGAAGAUCGGCCCGGAGCUCCUGGAGUCGUACUGGACGCACGGCAGCGGCGAGCCGGGCUUCCUCAAGAUGGUCGAGAACCUCACCGGAAAGCCGCUGUCGCACGACGCGUGGGUCGCGUCCAUGGCGAAGGACGUGCCGAGUCUGUUGGCGGAUGAAAAGAAGGAGUACGACGCCGCCGUCGCCGCGCUGCCGAACACUGGCGCCAUAGACCUCGGCAUGCGCGCGGUGUUCGUGCACGGCGACGAGGUCAUCGCGGACUCGGAGAGCGCGGGGGGGUACGUCGAGGCGACGAAGGAGUUUAAGAAGUGGGUCAACGCGAACUGGCCGAAGACCGCGGUCGCGGCGUGA